AAAAAGAAAGAAGAAUUUAGAAAAAAGUGCUGAGUGUGGGUUUUUACAAAAUAUUGGAAUAUUGAAAAACCCCAGUCAAAACACAUAACCUCGCAAUAUUUAAAAAAAAACGAGAAAAAAUAAAUAAAUUUUCAAAAUUUAUUAAAAUAAAACUCGCCACGGAUUACCAGCGUUUUUCAAGCCCCACAACCCGUUACCAAUAACAGCCGCCAAAAUUCUACUCAAGGAACGUAAAGACAUCAUUUCUAAAAUGAAAUCCUUGACGGCCGUUUGCCAGACCGGUGCCUCAAUGCCCGCCAUCAAUCCCAAUGGACGCAUUAGCCGUCAUCCGCCGCAUCGCGGUGAUGGUGAAAAUGCCGAAAUGAAAAUGUAUUUGUCCAAACUGAAGGAUCUGGUGCCGUUCAUGCCCAAAAAUCGCAAACUUUCCAAAUUGGAAAUCAUCCAGCAUGUCAUCGAUUACAUUUGCGAUUUGCAAUCCGAGCUGGAGACACAUCCUGAAAUCAAUAAUUUUGAUGCCAGUGCAGCAUUGAGUUUUGCCGCCAGCAGCAUGCAAAGAGUUUCGUCGGGCAGUGAAGAGGGUGGUGCCGAUGAAGAUAUGGCCGCCGAGGAGGAGGAGGAGGACAGUGAAGUGCAACAGCGUUUAAGUGGAGCCAGUACACAACAACAACAACAUCAAUCUAGUCCUGCUGCUCAGCGUCAACCUUUGGUUGAUCGCCCCACACCCAACACAAUUUUGCCACCCGCCUCACAACAACAGCAACAGCGACACCUUAACAACGCCCUCACAACAGUCUCCACCUCCCCGUCCGCUGUGACAGUAACCUCCUCAUCAUCUCCAGCGUUUGAAGAAAGCCUCAGCUCCUCAGCCAGCUCCCAUGCAGAUUCAACGAAUCACACGGUAAGUUCGUUGAAAAAGUAUUAGGAAGGCUGAACAACUCCACCCAACACCCCCCUUCUACCCACCCACAAACAACAACAAAAAACACUCAAACACCCUCACAUCGUAGAAUAUUAGACUUAGAAAGCAGAGACUGUAGGGGAAAAUUAAAUGAAAAAAAGAA